UGACCCCUUUUGACGCAGGGGAGAAGGCGAGGAGACCGAGCAAGCAUUCAUCUCCUCUGCUCCGCCCACGCUUGAAUCCCGCACUACCAUUUCCCUUUCCCCUCUCCGCGCCGCGCACCUAACCAGAGACCCUAGGCAAGUUUACCGGGCAUGGAGAAAUCUAAAACAGACAAGUGCUCUACCCAGGGAGGAUUCGGUAUAAUCAAAUAUGCUGCGUCCUCCAUGCAAGGAAACUGUGAUGUCAUGGAGGACUUUCAUACUGCUAUUGUAGAUCUGAAUGAAUCCCAAUCAUCAUUUUUUGGUGUUUAUGAUGGCCAUGGAGGAGCUGACGUUGCAAGGUAUUGUUCUAGUCAAUUUCACAACGAGCUUGCUAAGGAUGACGACUAUGGCAACAAUCUGCAAAAAGCAAUGAGUGUUGUGUUCUCCAGUAUUGAUGCGAAGUUGGAGCAGUCAGAUGAUUGGAGGAUGAUAGGUUAUCCUCCAGGGAUUAGAAAUCUGAUAAGGCGUCUCAGGAUUGGUGGUUGUACUGUUAAGCAGUGGCUGUUGAAGGAACAUUAUCUUGGGCCACAACAGGAAGGAUGCACAGCAUGCAUUGCUGUCAUCAGAGGCAACCGGAUCACUGUAGGAAACAUUGGUGAUUCCCGUUGUGUACUCUCAUGGAAUUGUGAACCACCAAGGAAUGUUCAGGUUCUUGAUCUAUCCACCCAACACAAACCUGAUGCCAAACAUGAAAAACAAAGGAUUUUAAAGGCAGGAGGGAAGGUAAGUGAGGAUGAUGAUGGUGGGCCAAAGUUGGGCAUCCAUGACGCCGAGGGAACAUUACCCACCUCCCGGUCUUUUGGUGAUUUCAUAUUCAAGCAAAACAAAUAUUUGUCUCGUGAAGAACAAAUGGUGAUAUCUAUUCCGGACAUAUAUGAAGGGGGGAUUACUAAUACCAUGGAAUUCAUUGUUAUAGCAAGUUCUGGCAUCUGGUCUGUCAUGACCAGUAAGAUGGUGGUUGAAAAAGUACGCGAAGGCUUGCAAUCCGGAAAAGACCUUAAAGCCAUAUGUGAAGAGCUUCUGGAUUCAUGCCUUAGCAAGGGGUCAAAACUCAACCUGUCAGUGAUAUUGGUCCAGUUCAAUUCGAACCAGGCUGCUCCACAAGUGCAAGCUCCUGCCUAUGUAGGCGAUGACAUACUGGAAGUUCUUCGCCAUGUCGGUGACCAAGCAUCUGGCGUUCGCGGUCAACCUGCUGAACCUGCUGAAGGCAGCGUGGCCGUCAACACCGAGAACAAGGGCGAAGGGCUGGGGCUGGGGCUGGGGCUGGCAAAGAAGAAACGUUCAGGAUGCUUUUCGGUCGACGGCAGGGGAUCUCGCACAGGCAAAGCUUCCAAAACACAUUUCAAGGGACUCAACAGUUUAUGGGGUCUGUUCAAAAACGGGAAAUGUGCCAGCACGAAAGCGGUCAUGACAGACAAAGUUCACGUCUCUCUGGAUGCAAGCGACCAAGUUCCUGGCUGCAGGCCAGUGAGUGGGGUGUGUGUGUUAAGUUGGAAAAAAUGUUCUCUAUCAACCAACUUAUCACGGGAAAAAACAGUCGCACCGGACUCAUUCAGAUGAAAAGCGCUUUGCGCCUACCGACCAUGCGCACUAUGUCUCACUUCUCUGUGGUGGCACACGCAUUGCCCUUGGUAGUUCUCUAUCGUGGCACACCCAUUUUCCAUCUGUACCAAACUUUCAAUCACCACAUCAGUAAGCCAGCUUAACAGCAGCUAGCUCUAUGGGCAAGUACUAUAUGGCUUUAGACUGCUGCUAUCUGCAACUACUUGCUGCUUCACAUACGACGCAGC